CUUCAUUUGGAUCAAACCGGUGGCCUGCCCUAAAGGAUCAUGGGUAAUACAUCUCCUUUCCCUUCUCGCCGUGCGGGAGGAGGGACGAUCGUGCUACAGCAAAUCUUCCUGAAUUUGGACCGAAUGUUGCGAAUCCUCGACGCUUGACGCCCCUGAUCGCGACUUUAUUGGACUAAAACAUCAUUCGUGCAAUCUUCGUGUCCGGUUGGAGUCGUCUCGUGCACGUUGAAGCUUCUCGGCCUAGCUUAGCUUAGCUUAGCUUAGCUUGCUAACAAAGAGACACGUUUGUGAGCAACUCUUCGCUAAGCAGAGAUCAAGCGUCAGAGCGGAAAGUGUUGCGAUCGUCGUGUGAAAAUGUGUGCAAGGACAGCAGAGUACGAGGAGGAACUUUGUGGCCCAAAAGAGGAGAAGGAGCCACAACGUCAACUCCUGGACGCUGCGUUCAAUCUGCAGCCUCGAAUUGUGCUACGCAGAGCAGACGUCAGUGAAAAUCUUCAUCCUGAGCGGCAGCAGUCAGUGUCCCCUCACAUCAAAGAGGAAGAGGAGGAUGAAGAGGUUCAACACAUCAAAGAGGAGGAGGAAGAGUUCCUUCACAUUAAAGAGGAAGAGCAGGAGGAAAUCAUCAAGGUUCCAUCGACUGGUGUCCCUUUGAAGAGUGAAGAUGAAGGUCGAAGUGAGGAGAGACGAGGGGCGGAGCCACCAAACAGCAACAGCUCAAGUGAUGGAGACCACUGUGGAGGAUCACAAACAGACGGUGAUGAUGAUGAUGUUGAUGAUGAACAGUUGGAAGGUGAUAUGACAUGUCACACUGCCAAUAAAUGCUGGAAAUGUUCUAAAUGUAGGAAAACCUUUGCUUCUAAGAGCAAUUUUAAACAACACAUGAAAAUACACACUGGAGAGAAGCCAUUUGCCUGCUCAGUUUGUGAUCAAAGAUUCUCUGAAAAGGGAACUUUACUAAAACACACAAGAACACAUACUGGAGAGAAACCUUUUGCCUGCUCAGUUUGUGGUCAAAGAUUCUCUGAAAAGGGACAUUUGACACGUCACACAAGAACACACACUGGAGAGAAGCCUUUUGCAUGCUCAGUUUGUGGUCAAAGAUUCUCUGAAAAGGGAACUUUACGAAAACACACAAGAACACACACUGGAGAGAAACCUUUUGCCUGCUCAGUUUGUGGUAAACGAUUCUCUGAAAAGGGACAUUUGACACGUCACGCAAGAACACACACAGGAGAGAAGCCUUUUGCAUGCUCAGUUUGUGGUCAAAGAUUCUCCCAAAAGCAAAGCUUAAAAAUACACACAAGAACCCACACUGGUGAGAAACCUUUUGCAUGCUCAGUUUGUGAUCAAAGAUUCACUCACAAGGGACAUUUGACAAGUCACACAAGAACCCACACUGGUGAGAAACCUUUUGCAUGCUCAGUUUGUGAUCAAAGAUUCACUCACAAGGGACAUUUGACAAGUCACACAAGAACCCACACUGGUGAGAAACCUUUUUCCUGCUCAGGUUGUGGUCAAAGAUUCUCUCGCAAGGCUCCAUUUAAGACACACAAGUGUCCUGGUGAGACAAGCAGUGAUCAAGAAGCUUUUAAUGCAAAUGUAAAUGUUUAAUAUAAAAGUAAUGACUAUGUUACUGACAGAAAUCUACAUGCUUGUAUUCUGUGUACCAGCUUUUAUUGUAUGUAUCUUCUUCUUGUCCAUAUAGUUUCUAAAAGCCCCGUGAGUGUUGAGAAUGAACACUGUUGCCAAAAUACUUAAAAGGGACGAGUUAAAGGUGGUGGGAAAGAGGGCGGCUGUGGAUCAGUAGAGCGGGUCGUCCAGUGACCGAAGGGUCGCCGGUUCGAACCCUGGCUCCGACUGUCCGUAUGUGCAAGUGUCCUUGGGCAAGACACCGAAGCCUAAUUUGGUCCCAGUGAGCCUGGCAGCGCCUUGCAUGGCAGCAGCCGCCCAGUGGUCUAUGAAUAUGUGUGUGAAUGUGAGGCUUAAUAGAGCACUUUGGGCACUGUGAUCGUGAAGAUGAAGCGUUACAUACGUGCAGUCCAUUUGCCAUUUAGCAAAGGUGAGAACAUGGACACGUAUUCCAUGGUGCUGGAAUUAUAAAUGUCUACAGGAAAAAAAUCCCUCCAAAAUAAACUCGGUCGUAAUUUGCUAAAAUCAUUGAGGUUAAUUUUUUCUCCUCCUUAAUGUACACACAGCACCCCAUAUUGACAGAAAAUAGCGGAAUUGUUGAAAUUUUUGCAGAUUUAUUGAAAAAGAAUAACUGAAAUAUCACACAGCCAUAAGUAUUCCGACCCUUUGCUCAGUAUUUAGUAGAAGCGCCCUUUUGAGCUAAUACAGCCAUGAGUCUUUUUGGGAAUGAUGCAACAAGUUUUUCACACCUGGAUUUCCUAAUCAAGUCCGAUCAGUAUAAUCAAACACAGCUGGACUCCGAUGAAGGUGGAGAACCAUUUGAAGGAUGAUCAGAAGAAAUGGACAGCACCCGAGUUCAAUAUAUGAGUGUCACAGCAAAGGGUCGGAAUACUUAUGGAUGUGUGAUAUUUCACUUUCUUUUUUAAUAAAUAAAUUUGUCUGUGCUGUGUGUACAUUAAUGGGGGAAAAAAUUAAGUGAUUUUAGCAAAUGGCUGCAAUAUAACACAGAAUGAAAAAUUUAAGGGGGUCUGAACACUUUCCGUACCCACUGAAUGUAUGUAUGUAUCUAUCAAAUAUAUGUAUAGAUCACAAAUAUUAAUAGUUUGAAGCUGUCAUGACAAGCACAUAAAAUUUGUGAUUGAACAUAAUUUCGGGGUACGGGCUGUUGUUCAUGUGAUGCAAUGAUAUAUGACAGCAAUGUAAGAUAUCCAACGUAAUACCAGCUUGAACAAGGCGGUGUUUGGAAACUCAAGCAAUUUCCUGAAAAGUUGUCAUUUUGAAGGUGAGGGGAUUCCACCUGACAGCUGCGAUAUACAAAUAUGACCAAUUACUGCCACUUCAUAGUAUGGAACAUUCCUUUUCCCACACCAGCUAUGCCAGUGCUUUUCAAUUUUCAAUUUUGUUGAUGAAAAAGGGGUGUUCGAAAGGGAAUUAGUUAUUUACCAAAUGCUCCAAAAUGUAUUGAUAUUAUUGGAAAUGAGUGCCAGUUUCAUUUUCUUGAGCAUGCAUGCAUUUUGUCCAAUGUUUUAGUGACGUCAAUAUCAAAUAAGUGAAUGAUUGAUUGAAAUAGACUGUAAAAAACUGACUUUUGGUGCUAAACUGUAACGUGUAUAUGUGAUCCUGAAUAAAGUACACUGCUUAAAACAGU